AUGGCUCCGGGGGAGCCCGCGUGGCUCGUGGGUGGCUCUGGGGGAGCGCGGCUCUGGCUCCGGGGGAGCGCGGCUCCGGAGCGCGGCUCUCCGGGGGAGCGGGAGCGCGGCGGAGCCCGGGGGAGCCCGCCCGGAGCCGGCUCCGGUCGCUCCGGGUCCCUCCGGGUGGUGGGCGAGAGUGGCUGUGAGUUGGUCGCUCGGGAGUGGGCGUGCCCAGGCAGGAUAUCAUUAGGUGUACCGUAUCUUGGCAUCAACCCACCACCUUGGAUCCAGACUAGCGGCGAGUGUGGCGAAUGUCUGUAUCGGUCAGAGUACGCCGGUCACCAGACGCUCGAAGAGUCCAGAUUUUAA